ACAUUUUGCUUCACCAUCUUGAAGGAAAGCAUCGUCUCUGGGAGUAUAUCCAAGUUCUCGACUUCUCGAAUCAAGCCACGCCCGUAUGCCCUCUGGUCUGGGCCACUCGAGCCUUUUGAAGCGCCUAUUCAUCUGACAAUACCCCCAUGGCGCACCCACACAUACCCUGGCUCCUGCAAGCACAGAUAGCUGGGUCCAUCUUUCCCCGCGGAAUUGUUCAUACGAGCUGAUCUACUCCAACGGAGAUAUUUAUUUCUCCCAUUAUGCAUGCGAUGACGGCAUACAAACAUCGGGGGUGCUCCUCCCCCUCCGAUAUCAAACGCAGCAUAUAAGACCCCCUUUCCUUUUUCGUUGCUGUUGCACAACCUAUCAAGGCAUCUUCAUCGGGAUCAUUCGUUGCUCGGCCAUUCUAAUCCUACACGUCGAGUGUACUGUAAUUGAUCUCGAUUGCAACAGUGUGUCGAUAUGGUCAACCUCUCGCUUCUGUGGGCACACCCCGAGAUCAAUCCCGUUACCAAGAAGGCCCGGUCGAUACCAUUCUUGAAUCCCAUCACCGACAAGUAUGGACGGACCUUCUUCUUCUCCUGGUUUGGGUUUAUGAUUGCCUUUUGGUCUUGGUAUGCAUUUCCACCUCUCCUGGCAGAUGUGAUUGCAGAAGACAUACACAUGAAGAGCUUUGAGGUCGCCAACUCGAACAUCAUCGCUUUGACCGCAACUCUUAUUGUUCGCCUCAUCGCCGGACCGUGCUGCGAUCGCUUCGGACCACGUUUGACAUUCGCUGGGUGUCUUCUCGCUGGAGCCAUUCCCACCUUUCUUGCCGGAACCGUGCAGAAUGCGCGGGGUAUCUACGCACUGAGAUUCUUCAUUGGGAUCCUUGGUGGCUCCUUUGUGCCCUGUCAAGUUUGGACCACGGGAUUCUUCGAUAAGAACGUCGUCGGGACCGCCAAUGCUCUCACCGGAGGACUGGGUAACCUGGGAGGCGGAAUCACAUACUUCGUCAUGCCCGCAGUAUACAACGGGCUCGUCAAAGACGGACUGCCCAAACACAAAGCUUGGAGAGUCAGCUUCGUUGUGCCAGGAGUCUUGAUCGUGUUCGUAGCAGCAUGCCUCUUGAUCCUGGGCGAGGACACCCCAUCGGGAAGCUGGAACUCACGUCAAGCGGCCGCCGAAGAAUCCCUCCGAAGACACAGUGUCGUCUCGGGCGUCGAUGCCACAGGCAGCAUCACCGACGCGCCCCCUGCCCCUACCGAAAAAGAUACGCCCGACUCGGCCUCUUCCUCCGAAAAACCCCACGGCUGGAAGGACUCGGAACACCAAACCACCGACCAAGACAUGCUCGAUUCCGCUCGCGGCGAAGUCAUCCGCAAACCGUCCCUGCGCGACAUGCUCGCCGUCAUGUUCUCGCUCCCCACCCUCACCGUCGCAGCAUGCUACUUCUGCACCUUCGGCGCCGAACUCGCAAUCAACUCCAUCCUAGGAAACUACUACUCCAAGAACUUCCCGACGCUGGGGCUCCAGCAAACGGGCAACUGGGCCGCCAUGUUCGGCCUCCUAAACGGCGUCACCAGACCUCUAGGCGGCUACAUCUCCGAUCUAGCAUAUAGACGCACCCGCUCUGUCUGGGCCAAAAAGGCGGUCCUGCACACGUACGGCAUCCUCACGGGCAUCUUCCUCAUCGUCAUCGGCGUCCUGGAUUCAAAGUCCCAGGCGACCAUGUUCGGCCUCGUCGCGGGCAUGGCCUUCUUCCUCGAAGGCGGCAACGGUGCUGAUUUCGGCCUCGUGCCGCACGUGCAUCCCCACGCCAAUGGCGUCGUCAGCGGAGUCACCGGUGCCGCCGGCAACUUGGGCGGCAUCGUCUUCGCCAUCAUUUUCAGAUAUCACGGCAAGAACUAUGGGAAAGUUUUUUGGAUCGUCGGGGUUAUGACUUUGGGUAUCAAUCUGGCUGUCGGUUGGAUUAGACCGAUUCCUAGGGGCCAGGUUGGCGGGAGGUAG